AUUGGACACUUUCAUCUAUCGGUUUCAUCGUUCCCAACCCCCACGGGCCAUGCCUGUCUCCUGCAUACACUACUCUUCCCUCCCCAUAAAUAUAUACACACACAUUACAGGGAGGAUAAGAAGGAUCAGAGGUGGGAGAUCACAGUUAAGAAAAAUGGCGAUUGUGGGUGGAUCAGAGGAAGCAGCAGUUGUAGUGAGGAACAAGCAGGUGAUAUUGAGAGAGUACGUGCCGGCGUCUGGCUUUCCAAAAGAAUCGGACAUGUGCGUGACCACCACCGGCACCAUAAAGCUGAAGCUUCCUGAUCAAGCUGGUUCCGACGGCGUUUUAGUGAAGAACCUCUACUUGUCCUGUGAUCCCUCCCAGCGAAGCCGCAUGACCAAGUACGAACCUUCCACCCAUUUCGUCUCCUUCCAGCCCGGUUUGCCAAUCAGAGGAUACGGAGUGGCUGAAGUUUUGGAUUCUGGGCACCCAAACUUUGAGAAAGGCGACUUGGUCUGGGGAAUAACCGGGUGGGAAGAAUAUAGCGUCCUUGCAAAACCAGCAGCAGACACAUUGACUAAAAUCCAACACACUGAUGUUCCUCUUUCCUACUAUACUGGAAUCCUUGGUAUGCCUGGUAUGACUGCUUAUGUUGGAUUUUAUGAGAUUUGCUCUCCAAAGAAAGGACAGUACGUCUUCAUUUCAGCUGCUUCAGGAGCAGUUGGUCAGCUUGUUGGUCAGUUUGCAAAGUUGCAGGGUUGCUAUGUUGUUGGGAGUGCUGGUAGCAAAGAAAAGGUGGAUCUUCUGAAAAACAAGUUUGGGUUUGACGACGGUUUCAAUUAUAAAGAAGAGCCUGACUUGAAUGCAGCUUUGAAAAGAUACUUCCCCGAAGGCAUUGACAUUUACUGGGAGAAUGUUGGGGGAAAGAUGCUGGAUGCAGUGCUACUAAACAUGAAGAUUGGCGGCCGCAUUGCCGUGUGCGGGAUGAUCUCACAGUACAACCUCGGCGGCCAGGCCGAAGGCGUUCACAAUCUAAUGUAUCUGGUUGCAAAACGUGUCCGCGUAGAAGGCUUCCUGGUUCCCGAUUACGACCAUCUUUAUCCCAAGUUUUUGGAGUUGGUUCUGCCUUACAUCAAGGAAGGAAAGAUUGUAUACGUUGAAGACAAAGCACAAGGCCUGGAGAGUGGGCCGGCGGCUCUAGUUGGACUCUUUACAGGCCGCAAUGUUGGAAAACAAGUUGUGGUGGUUGCUCCAGAGUGACUUGAUAAUUUCUUCAUGUUCCUCGUAAUUCCCCUUAAGGCUAGCUAGGGAUAAACUAAAGCCCAUGGCCAUGGAUGAACAAAAUCAAGCCCCGUUAAAAGGACGCCGUUUUUGUUUUUUUUUUUUUUUUUUAAAUGAUAAAAUUGCACAAAGAAUCAAAGG